GUUGCUUCUUGCACUCCGGACCACAAAGCUGCAAGAGAGUGUUGCUGGCUUACACGCACAAAGCAAGAGAAGCAGAAAUCUGUGCAUCCUAGGAUCGGAACGUUAAAACCUAACCCGAAGCACGGCAGCUACAGAGAAACAUGGCAUUUGCAGGGAUGCUGAGCAACGAGGACAUCAAGGCGGCGAUCCAGGCUUGUCAAGCUCCGGGCACAUUUAACUUCAAGUCGUUCUUUGAGCAAGUAGGACUAACUGGCUCAUCCGAGACUGAGGGAAGAAAAGUGUUUAUAGUCCUGGACCAAGACAAGAGUGGAUACAUUGAGGAGGAGGAGCUCAAACUGUUCCUCCAGAAUUUCUCUCCGGGAGCGAGGGAACUGACUGUGUGUGAGACCAAGACUCUGAUGAGUGCAGGCGAUAAGGAUGGUGAUGGCAAGAUUGGGAUGGAAGAGUUCUGUGAAAUGCUGAAUUAAACGAAAUCAACAUCUUUGACCACGACUGUCUUUCCCUAUUUUAAGAUAACAGUUCUCUUCUUGGAAAUUCUGAUUUUCUAUAUUGUUUGAUGCAAAGAAACCUUGGAUGUUCUUUACCUGCCUGCUGCUCUUCCUAUUGAUGUAAUACAAUUAUGCAAAAGAUGUGUGGUGGACAGAAAGUUAAAGGUAGAUUAGAUGUGUGUGUAUGUGUGUUUUCAAUCAGGUAUACCUGGAAGGAUUUAAUAAAUGUGUUUAACAUGUGG